GUGCAGAGUGCAGACGCCGCCCCGCCCGCCAACCUCCCAACCCAGGCCCCUUUUCCCGAUACGGCAACCGCACCGGUCGUUCAACGGCGGGGAACGGGGACGGCCGGGCCGGCCAGGACGCGGACGUCCACCUCGGUCCGUCCGUCGUUUGCGUGAGCGGCGAGAGCAGCAUGACGGCGCCGGGACGACGACUAGUCCCGACGCGGCUUGGCUUGGCUUGCCGUCUCGCCCUCCUCCUCCGGCACAUGAGGGCUCGUUUGCGAUGCGAUUCUGGAAGAGGUCGGGUGGGGUGGGGUGGUAGACCCAACUUCCAAGUUGGGGGAGACGACGGGGCUCCACGCCAGCCAACCUCCCCCAACUCGGUGGACAGGGACGGGUGCUGCCGUGCUGGUACUUUCGCCCAUCACCAAUCGGGCCAAUCACCCGCCUGAGACACGCACAGUAAUCCCGUACGGAAAAGCAACAGGGACGGACCUGGCUGCGCGAACACGGCAAAUUCUCCCCUUCUCUUUUUUCUUUGCUUUCGUUCAUAUGCAUAUAGGCAGCAGCAGCAACAACAACAACAACGAUUUACUGUGGGGCGAUAUGCGCCCUCCCGCUUGCUGUUACUCGACGUACAAUGAUUUCACCAUCAUCCAACAGUGGGGAAGCGUCCCAUGCCAUGAUGCCAAGACGGUGCAGUAAACCGAAAGCUGC